AUGGCCUCAUUUGCUACCACUCACGUUAAGCCUUACGAGGCCCUCACCAAGGCCGUGGCAACUAAUCCACUGACUGGCAAAUCUGCCCUCAUCACAGGCGCCGGUCGGGGGGUAGGAGAACACAUCACACGCGAGCUUGCGGCAGCAGGUGUAUCUCGAAUUGCGCUCGUCGGUCGUGACCUUGAGCGCCUAAACCAGACCAAGAAGAACUUUCAAGAGACUUUUCCUGGAACCGUUUUCGAGGCGUUUUCGGCCGACAUCACAGAUGAAGCAAAGAUUGCCUCCGUCUUCAAGGAGUUUGGGGCUCCUGAUAUUGUGAUAAAUAACGCCGGCCACUUUCCUGAUGAGGGGCCCUUUAUCAAGGAGGAUUUGAAGAGCUGGUGGAAAGGCUUUGAGAUCAACAUUCUAGGAACGGCAAUCGUCACACAACAAUUCCUUCGAGCCAAGCCCGAGGGCAAGAGUGCCACCGUUAUCAGCCUUUCCACCAUCGGUAUUCAUAUGCGAUUUCCACUCCCUGGGUGGUCAGGAUACGCCACCAGUAAAAUGGGCCAAGCACGAGUCUUUGAGCUGCUCCGUUUCGAGCAUCCCGAAGUUCGGUUCAUCAACGUCCACCCCGGCAGCGUCGAGACCGAUGGCUAUGCUAAGACAGGCCUCCCGGCACCUCCUAACGGUAUGACGGAUGGAAAGCUUACAGGUCAAUUUUUUGCUUGGCUUGCUUCUGAUGAAGCAGAGUUUCUGAGCGGGAGAUUUGUUUGGGCAGACUGGGAUGUGGAUGAGCUCAAGGCCAAGAAGGAGCAGAUUAUCAACGAUGACUUGUUGCUCACGACAAUCGAUGGAUUAGUCAAGGGUUUCUAA